AUGGAUGCAAUAGAUUUGGCACGGAAGUUCAUUCCGGGUUUGAGGCAUGAGCUCCGGAAGUUGGUGACUUCCCACCGGUUUGCUACUCUAGCAGAAGCGGUUGAGAGUGCCCUUGCAGUUGAACAGGAGGAGGUGAUGCAUGAGAUAGAGAGGCAGAGAGAUGUUCAGGGGAAAGGAAAGGCCCUGGCAGCAUCAUUGAAGUGUUUCAACUGUGGUGAGCCGAACCACUUCUCUUCGGCAUGCACGAAGCCUAGGAGGCAGGGAUGCUUCACUUGUGGGCAGGCAGGCCAUUUUGCCAAGGAUUGCACCCGACCUCAGGCUGGUGGACAGGGUGUUCAGCAGAGACCAUUACUUCCAGCACCAGCCAGAGUUUAUGCCAUUGGUCAGCGUGGUGCAGGAGUGGAAUGUACCUUUCUUAUUUAUGAUUUGCCUGCUUCAGUUUUGUUUGAUACGGGGGCAACCCAUUCCUUCAUAUCUAGCUCGGUGGUGAGGGCAUUAGGCUUGACUCCGACACCGCUUACUAGAUCUUUGUGUGUUUCUUCGCCUCUCGGUGUUUCUAUUGAGCUUGGCACUUUGUGUGAUGCUUGCCCUAUAGUGAUUAGUGGGAGAGAGUUCCUUGCUUCUCUGAUUGUGAUUCCAGACCGCUCCUAUGAUGUGAUUUUGGGAGUGGAUUGGCUCAGGCUAAAUCGUGCUAUGAUUGACUGUUUUGAUAUCGUGGUGUCAUUCCACAUUCCUGGACAACCGAGCUUUCUCUAUCGUUGUCAUAGGUCAGACACUGCCAUGUGGGAAGGAGUGUUGGCACACAUUGAGGCUACCGGUCGUACCGUGGGUAUUACGGAUAUUGCAGUAGUCUCAUUUAAGGUUUGGUGUUGUGUUCCAGGAGAUUCCGGGGUUACCUCUUAA